CGGGGCCUGCGGGCGGCUGGGGGCGCUGGGCCCGGCCCCGGCGCCGGCGCGGCGGGAGGUGCUGUAAAUCUUGGCUCCUCCAUCCCUGGGGCAGGCAUGGCUGGCCACCAAGGAUCUGUCUGAUGGUUCCCAGGCUGUGCUGAUGCUGCUCUGCCAGAAGAAACAUGGGGAAAAGGUACUUCUGUGACUACUGUGACCGAUCCUUUCAGGACAACCUUCAUAACAGGAAGAAGCACCUCAAUGGAGUGCAGCACCUCAGGGCUAAGAGAGCCUGGUACGACUCCUUCCGAGAUGCUGCUGCAAUCCUGCAAGAGGAGCAAACCAAGAAGCCUUGUCGGAAGUUCCUGCAAACAGGACAGUGUGACUUUGGCUCCAACUGCAGAUUUUCCCACAUGACAGAGCAGGACCUGGAGAAACUGAGUGCCCAGGUUCAAGGGGAGCAGAGGUCGAAGGAGCUGCGGCAGGAAGGAGCAGACAUCCCACCUGGCACCAUCGAGGACUGGCUGGAGAAGAGAGCAAAGAGGCUGAGCACAGCUCAGAGCAACAGUGUGCUCCCAGAGAAGCCAGUGCCCUUCCAGUACCCGCCGGGCUGGCCGCCGGUGCAGGAUCUGCCCCCUUCGCUGCAGCCCCCCCCGCCCGGGGGCUGGCUGCUCCCCCCACACCUGCAGUGGGGCUGAGGCCCAGGGACCCCGCAGAGGUGAUGCUGCAGGUGGAUUUUCCUUCCUCACCUGCCCUGAGAAAGGGACAGAACUCUUCAUAUGCAAUAAAAGCCUCCCCUUCCCCA